AUGAAGAGAUGGGCGACGACGUAUGUGCGUCCAAGUCCAAGAGCUCGCCCAGCUCCUUCGCAGCUGUGGCGCUGCCAAGGAUCUGGCCAAUGCCCAACACGCCCAUGCUCGAUUGCUCGACAGCCCACUGCGCGGCAGCACCUAUCUCGGGAAUCUGGCGGUGGAAAUGUAUGGGAAGUGUGGAUCACUGGACGACGCGGUCAAGGCCUUUCGAUCGAUCCACGCGCCCAAUGCCUUUUCGUGGAACAUACUGAUGAGCGCGUUUGUGACCAACGGUAGAGUUGACGAGGCCAGGCGGGUGUUUGAGAAAAACCCAGUGAAGAAUCUUGUCAGCUGGAAUGUUGCUAUUGCAGCAAUUGCCGCAGGUGGGGAUCUGGAGGAGGCGCGGCGAUUGUUUGAUGGGAUGCCUUUCUACAGUCUCGUGUCAUGGACGACGAUGAUCACUGCGUAUACGGAUUGCGGAAUGGUUGACGAAACGAAAAAGUUGUUUCUUGCGCUGGAGCACAGAGACGUCAUCUGCUGGAACGUAAUGCUUUUGUGCUAUGCCCAGAACUGGCAUCUGGAGGAAGCCAUUGCCCUCUUCAAUGAGAUGCCAGAGCGAGAUGUUUCGUCGUAUACAACGAUGAUAUCAGUUUUUUCAUCAAGAAAUGAUUUAGUAAAUGCGAAGGAUCUGUUUGAUUCUAUGCCGUUACGAACUGUAGCCGCUUGGAACUCUAUGAUUGCGGCACAUGCCGAGAAUUGGCAAAUGGAAAAGGUGGCCAUUGUUUUCUUUGAGAUGCCCGAGUGGGACUGCUUCUCGUGGAACAGCCUCCUGGGCGCAAUUGCGGAGUCUGGGAGGAUCGAAGAUGCAAUCGUGAUGUUUCAGAGAAUCCCUUUCAGAGACACAGUUUCAUGGAACCUGAUGAUCGCAGCAAUGGGUUCUCGCGGCCAUAUCCACGAGGUGCAAGCUCUCUUCGCCAUGAUGCCACAGAGAAACGCUGUCUCCUGGAGCACGAUGAUCGGAGCUUAUGCGCAGCAGGGACUGGCCGUGGACGCAAAGAUCGUGUUUGAUUCCAUGGAGUCUCACGACACGGUCGCGUGGAACUCACUUCUUGCGGCCUACCUCGCGAGCGAUCGAGUGGGCGAUGCUAGAAAAGUGUUUGAUUCCAUGCCUGAUCGAGACGCGGUGUCAUGGACGUCGAUGAUCUCCGCCCAUGCCAUGCGGGGCCAGAUGCGCGAGGCGAGAGCGCUCUUUGAUUCCAUGCCGCGGUGGGAUGUGGCGGCGUGGAACGCGAUCAUCUCCGGCUACGCGAGGAGCGGCGAUCUCGAUGAGGCGCAGCUCCUCUUUGGUCGGAUGCCCCAUCGCAACGCCGUGACGAUCAAUGCCAUGGUCGCAGCGCUCGCGUUUGGUGGCAGGAUCGAGCAAGCCAAGCUUCUCUUUGAUCGAUUCGCAUCGCCCAACUCUGCAAUCUCCAUGCUCGAGGCUUACGCCCAGUCCGGGAGGAUCGAGGAAGCCAGGGCGCUGUUUGAUCGCUUGAGCCCGGAGGAUCGGGACUCUAGCGCGGUCAGAGCAAUCAUCAAUGCGUAUGCCCGGAUCGUGGAUGUCGCAGAGGCGUGGCGGAUCUUCUCCCAAAUCACCCAUCCCAAUGCAGCGAGCUACAACGCUAUGAUCGCAGCAUUGGCCUCGAAUGGGCAUUUGCGCGAGGCAAAGAUCCUCCUCUCCAGGGCGCGAGAGAGCAACGCAGUGUCCUGGAACACCAUCUUCACGAGCUACAUCCAAUUCGGCCAUCUUGGCGCCGCAAUCGCGAUCUUCCGCGCCAUGCCAGAUCCAAAUCUAGUCUCGUGGACAGCGGCAAUCACUGGCCUCGCCCACAAUCCCGGAUCGCAUCGAUCAGCACUGGAUCUCUUCUGCGAGCUCCAGCAGGAGGGCUGGAACCCCAGCGAGAUCUGCUACACGGCCGUGCUAGCGGCUUGCAGCUACCAAGGCUCGAUCGAGGAGAUCCAGUGCUGCUUUCGAUCCAUGCGCGAGGACUACGAUCUGACGGCGUCGCCGGAGCAUUACUGCGCGGUGGUGGAUUGCUUGGGCCGAGCGGGGCAUCUGGAUCGCGCGCUGGAUCUUGUGGAGUGCUUGCCUUUCGCGCCCAAGUUUGUGGGUGCCUGGACGAGCUUGCUGGGCGCGUGUAGCCUCCAUGGUCGUGAUCCAGAGCUCGCGGCGAUAGCGGCAGAGAGGAUUCGAGCGCUCAAGCGCGACAGCACGGCAUCAUACAUUCUUCUUUCAAACACAUAUCAUCAAUCAUUUGGUUGAAAAGGUGGUAGGGUUCGGGAAUUCGGCGAUGGAGAGCAAGAAGCGCAACGCGGAGGAGGAUGAGCAUCCGGGAUCCAAGAGGAAGCAGGUAAUGAUUCUGAUAGCGCAUGCAUGCAGGAGCCUGGUGAUGCGAUUUUUGAAGAAGAUGCAGCGCGUUUAUCUUCGCUAUGCCUGGAAUACACGGAAGAAGAAGAAAAUUUCUUUGUUUUGUGCUGGCUACUGAGCUAUGCAUCACUAUAGCGUAUGUGUGAUGUCUUUGAUGCUUUAGAAUUGGGUCCGCCUCUGACACUGUAAUCGAUCGCGGCAACCGAUGUGGGAGGCGUACAACUGGGUGUUGACGGUAAUGUCUUUAGUUUAUGUUGUGCUGCACUGACGUUCAUUCAAGGCCAUUGUAGGUGCGAAGAAGUUUUGCGCUUGAAUGCUCACAUGGAGCUUAAAGACUUAGGUACCUGUUGUCUACUUUUCUCCUCAAGGAAAAAUCACUUUCUGCUUCGCAGUGGAGUAUCCAAAGCGGUACGAGCUGAACAUGUGGUUCGGCGAAUACAAUACGUCGUUUAUUCGCACUGGAUUGGCGCUGCAAGGUUUUGUUGACCAAGCUGCAGCAAGCUUCUUCACUGCCAGGGACGACGAAUAUGAUCCGUCUCGCGCAAGGUCUCGUUGAGGGUCCUUACAACAGGCGCCAUGGCUCGCCUCUUCACCCUGUGCACAUACACGAGUGGUUGCUUUUUCCGCAAAAGAUUUUUCAGGAUGGCGUUCAAGUUGAGGACCAUGAGAUGGUCAUUCCGCCUCUGAAUGUGACUGUGACUUCGCAUUCGAUACUUGUUCUGACAAGUUUGUUCUGAGCAGCUGAUCCUGGACGUGCUUGAGGGCAUACACAGAUUCCUGUUUUCUGUGACAUACUGUUUUCUCUCACCCUUCUUCAGCUGUGUAGAGCUCUGUUUCAAACGGCCUUGAGUAAGAGCGGGUUUGUUCCUUGCUCUUUUUUCUUGUUCUCUUCUCUUUUCUUAUUUCGUGUGUGCUGCAGUUGUUCCUGCAGAUCCUGCCAUGAAAUUCUAGUCUAACUGCUGCGGCAGGACUUUUA